CUUCAAUAAAUUCACUAGGAAGUACUUGAUAAUCACACCCAUUUUAAAAUCGGUGUAAAACUGUCUUAGUGCGUCGAAGUGAAUGCGAAUAUGCCGACAGCUUCAUAUUCUGCAUUGUAACCACUGUUUGAGAAAAACAGUAUGCAAAGACAUAGUCUCAUCCAAGACAAAGAAUUAAGACGUCAGCCACAAAGAAAAUUAUCUUGCCAGACACUUUUAAGGAUAAUACGAAGCGGAGAUUUCAGCAGUGGAGUAUUACGUAAAAGAAAAAAGAGAGCUUGGCCGCGGUGCUUUGCGGUUUUAUAUCAAGGACAUGGAUAUUUUUUCUGGGAUGAGAUUAGCAGUUCCGAACCUUUUAUGAAUUUUUAUCUUCAAGAUACCAGAGUGCAUGUUGGAGAUGAAAUUAACCAAGAAGAUGAAAAUUUAACAUUUGAAUUUCACCUCACAAAUAGAGGUGAUCGUUUCAUUUUUGCAGCAUCAUCUCAGCGGGAACUUGAGUACUGGAUAAAUGGAUUCAGAAAAGAAAUACAGUAUGCAAACGGGGAGAACCGGACAACGCCUAGUGAGCACGCUUAUAUCUCCUUAGUUGAUAGACAAACAUCGGUCGACCAUUACGAUGAAAUUCAUGAUGUGCUGCCUACAUUGCCUGUUGAAUUUCAACCAAGACGUAGGCCUAGACCAGCUAGUGAAAACGUCAUAUCUGCUAUAACAAAUCCAGGUGUUUGGAAACGAUUAUCCGCUCCAGUUUUACGAACAACGUCGCCUGAUUUAGGGUUAACAAGAAUAGAUUCGACACAAGAUGUGUCUCCGUCUCAGCCGGGGAAGUGUCGUAGUUCAUCCGCAAGUUUUGAUUAUUGA